AUGGGACCUCACCAUCGGAUGGAUGGAAGAGCAGCAACUGCUUGCAAACUGCUCAUAUUAUUCACUGCAUGCAUAAUGCAGGGCAGUUGCCAAGGAUGUGAGCGGGGGCAGUUCCGUUGUGGAAAUGGUCGGUGUAUUCCUGCAGACUGGAGGUGUGAUGGGGCUAGAGACUGCUCGGAUGAUACAGAUGAAGCUGGCUGUCCACAACCUACCUGUGAGGGAAAUCAGUUUCAGUGUCAGACGGAUGGUGAAUGUAUCCCACAUUCAUGGGUUUGUGAUGAUGAGGAAGACUGUGAAGAUGGCUCAGAUGAGCAUCAACAAUGUCCUGGAAGAACAUGCUCAAGUCAGCAGUUCACGUGUUCAAAUGGGCAGUGUAUCCCAAGCACAUACUGGUGUGAUCGAGUGAAGGACUGCACUGAUGGAACAGAUGAAAGAGCCUGCCACUACCCAAGAUGCGAACAGUUAUCGUGUGCAAAUGGAGCAUGUUUUAAUGCAAGCCAGCGAUGUGAUGGCAAAGUUGAUUGCAGAGAUUCUUCUGAUGAAGCUAAUUGCACACAUGGAUGUACCAGUACGCAAUUUCAGUGUGCUAAUGGAGAAUGCAUUCCUCGAGCAUUUAUCUGUGACCAUGAUGACGACUGUGGAGAUAGGAGUGAUGAAAACUCUUGCACAUAUGCAACCUGCAGAGGCAACUUUUUCACUUGCCCAAGUGGCCGUUGCAUUCAUCAAAGCUGGAUAUGUGAUGGAGAUGAUGACUGUGAAGACAAUGAAGAUGAAAGAGGAUGUGAAAGUGGUCGUGAUGAAUGCUACCCAGGAGAGUGGGCCUGUCCUGGAUCAGGGCAUUGCAUUCCAAUUGGGAAAGUGUGUGAUGGAGCUGCAGACUGCCCUGCAGGAGAAGAUGAAACUAACAUCACUGCGGGCAGACAUUGCAACAUAUCACACUGUGCUGCUCUGAGUUGCCAGUAUCGCUGUCAUUCUUCUCCAUCAGGAGGGAUGUGUUAUUGCCCUGCAGGAUAUACAAUAAGCAGCAAUGACAGUCGUACUUGUAUUGAUUUUGAUGAUUGCAAAAUGUGGGGUGUCUGUGACCAGCUGUGUGAAGAUCGUGUGGGACAUCACCAGUGCCACUGUGUAGAAGGUUACUUCCUAGAGCAUCAUCGGCAUUGUCGGGCCAACACUUCAGCUGGUGUGGCAUCAAUUAUUUUUUCCAAUGGCCGUGAUUUACUGAUUGGAGAUCUCCAUGGAAGAAGUUUUCGUACUUUGAUGCAGUCGCAGAAUCGUGGGGUUGCAGUUGGAGUGGACUUUCACUUUUACCUGCACAGAGUCUUUUGGACUGAUACAGUACAAGAUAAGGUUUUUUCUAUUAAUAUUGAUGGCUCUGAUCUCCAAGAAGUUUUAAAUAUUUCAGUUGACACACCUGAAAAUCUAGCAGUGGACUGGAUUAACAAUAAACUGUAUGUGGUCGAGACCAGUGUGAACAGAAUAGAUAUGGUUAACUUGGAUGGAACAAACCGUGUGACUCUUAUUGCUGAAAAUCUUGGAAAUCCUAGAGGAAUAGCUCUGGAUCCAACUGUUGGUUAUUUGUUUUUCUCAGACUGGGAUAGUCUGUCUGGUGAUCCUAAAGUGGAAAGAGCCUUCAUGGAUGGCACAAACCGUCAGGAUUUGAUAAAAACAAAAUUAGGCUGGCCUGCUGGAAUAACUCUGGAUAUUGUAUCAAAGAGGCUUUACUGGGUUGACAGCCGGUUUGAUUACAUUGAGACUGUAACUUAUGAUGGGCUUCAAAGGAGAACAAUAGCUCAUGGAGGCUCACUGGUUCCUCAUCCGUAUGGAAUCACUUUAUUUGAACACAAUGUUUAUUUCACUGAUUGGACCAAAAUGGCAGUGGUGAAAGCUAACAAGUUUUCAGAAUCUAACCCUCAAGUGAUCUACCAGUCUUCACUGAGACCUUAUGGAGUGACAGUUUACCAUGCUGCCCGGCAGCCAUAUGUGAGAAAUCCUUGUGGAAGUAACAAUGGGGGAUGUGAACAGAUAUGUGUUCUCAGCCACAAAACAGAUAACGAUGGACUAGGCUAUCGCUGUAGAUGCAUACUGGGCUUUGAUCUACAUGUAGAUGGACGGCAUUGUGUUGCUGUGCAGCAGUUCUUGCUGUUUUCAUCCCAGCUGGCAGUGCGGGGGAUCCCAUUUAAUCUCUCCACCCAGGAAGAUGUGAUCAUACCUGUAACAGGGAGCCCUUCAUACUUUGUUGGAAUUGACUUCUAUGCUCAGGAUGACACCAUUUUUUUUUCAGACACAAGUAGAGACAUGAUAUAUAAGCAGAAAAUCGAUGGUUCAGGAAGAGAAAUCCUUACAGCUAAUAGAGUGGAAAGUGUUGAAGAUUUGGCCUUUGACUGGAUCUCAAAGAAUCUGUACUGGACAGACCCUCGAUACAGGAGCAUUAGUGUGAUGAGACUGGCAGAUAAAUCUAGGAGAGCUAUUGUUCAGAAUUUAAAUAAUCCUCGAUCAAUAGUGGUUCAUCCUGUCGUUGGAUAUAUAUUCUGGACAGAUUGGUUCCGUCCUGCAAAAAUCAUGAGGGCUUGGAGUGAUGGAUCCCAUGCCUUGCCAAUUGUGAAUACAACACUAGGCUGGCCUAAUGGCCUAGCCAUUGACUGGAGUUCUCUAAGGCUGUAUUGGGUGGAUGCCUUUUUUGACAAAAUUGAGCACAGCACAUUUGAUGGGCUGGACAGACGGACUCUUGAACGCAUUACUCAGAUGACUCACCCAUUUGGCCUUACUAUUUUUGGAGGUUAUGCCUAUUUCACGGAUUGGCGACUUGGAGCAAUAGUUCGUGUGAGGAAGUCUGAUGGAGGAGAAAUGACUAUUAUUAGGAGAGGCAUUAGUAACAUUAUGCAUGUUAAAGCAUACGAUGCUCAUUCCCAAAUAGGUUCUAACUACUGUAAUAGAGGAACAAAUCCAAAUGGAGACUGCAGCCAUUUCUGCUUCCCAGUACCAAAUUUUCAGAGAGUUUGUGGUUGUCCUUAUGGCAUGAAGCUGGCUUCAAAUCAGCUGACAUGUGUUGAAGACCCAUCCAAUGAGCCACCCACCUUACAGUGUGGCUCCUAUUCAUUUUCCUGUGGUAAUGGAAGAUGUGUACCUCUGUACUAUCAGUGUGAUGGUGUUGACGAUUGCCAUGAUAACAGUGAUGAACAGAACUGUGGUUCUUUAAACAAUACAUGUUCUUUAUCAGCUUUUACCUGUGCCAGUGGACAGUGUAUUCCAGGUCGCUGGCGUUGUGAUAAACAUAAUGACUGUUUUGAUGGCAGUGAUGAAUUGCGUUGUCCUACACAAGGACCCUCUUCAUGCUCUGUGAACCAGUUCACCUGUGAUAAUAGAAGAUGUAUUCCUAGGAUCUGGCUAUGUGAUACUGAUAAUGACUGUGGUGAUGGGUCAGAUGAAAAAAACUGCACUUUCACAGGUACUUGUGAACCCAGGCAAUUUCAGUGUCCGGACCAUCGCUGUAUUGACCCGUUUUAUGUCUGUGAUGGAGACAAAGACUGUGUAGAUGGUGCUGAUGAGCAUGAUUGCAUAUAUAACUGCAGUGCCACAGAGUUUAAAUGUCUAAGUGGAGACCAGUGUAUCAGCACUUACUACCAGUGUGAUGGUGUUUUUGACUGUAAUGAUCACUCAGAUGAGACUGACUGCCCUACAAGACCACCAGGGAUGUGCCACCAGAAUGAAUUCCAGUGUCAAUCAGAUGGCAAUUGUGUUCCUUCUAACUGGGAAUGUGAUGGCCAUCUUGACUGUGCAGAUGGCUCAGAUGAACAUCAUAGAUGUCCUGCCAGGACCUGUCCUCCCUCUCUUUUCCGCUGUGAUAAUGGCAACUGUGUCUACCGAGCAUGGAUCUGUGAUGGUGAUAAUGACUGCAGGGAUAUGAGUGAUGAGAGAGAUUGUCCUACUCAACCCUUCCGAUGCCCCAGCUGGCAGUGGCAAUGUCCAGGUCACAGUAUCUGUGUGAAUUUGAGCAAAGUAUGUGAUAAUUCUGCUGACUGUCCUAAUGGAGCUGAUGAAUCACCAUUGUGCAAUGAACCCCAGCCAGAUCAGGAGAGCUGCUCUGACAACAAUGCUGGUUGCACUCAUGAAUGUAUUCAAGGACCCUUUGGAGCUCAGUGUACCUGUCCUGUUGGAUACCAGCUUGCAAAUGACUCCAAGACCUGUGAAGAUAUUAAUGAAUGUGACCCUCCAGGUUUCUGUAGUCAGCAUUGUUACAAUGAGAGAGGAUCUUUUAGGUGUUACUGUGAUGAGGGAUACAUUUUAGAAACCAAUGGGAGGACUUGUAAAGCAGCAGAGUCUGGGAAUCUUCUUUUGCUGGUAGCAAGCCGUAACCAAAUUGUUGUGGACAAUAUCACCUCUCAGUCACACAGUAUUUAUUCUCUGGUUCGGGAUGGGAUCAAUAUUGUGGCUAUUGAUUUUGAUUCAGUCACAGAUCGUAUUUUUUGGUCCGAUACAACACAGGAUAAAAUUUGGAGUGCUUGUCAAAAUGGAACUGACCGAAAAAUAGUGUUUGACAGUGGUGUCACUGUGACGGAAAGUAUAGCAGUGGAUUGGGUAGGUCGCAAUCUUUACUGGACAGACUUUGUUCUGGAAACAAUUGAAGUCUCUAAAAUGGAUGGGAGCCACAGGACUGUGCUGAUUAGUGAAAAUAUAACAAACCCAAGGGGACUAGUGUUAGAUCCCAGAAUUGAUGCACAUGUAAUGUUCUGGACUGACUGGGGCCAAAACCCUAGAAUUGAAAAAGCCAGCAUGGAUGGAAAAAUGCGAACAGUGAUUAUUAACAGUAAAAUCUACUGGCCCAACGGACUCUCCAUUGAUUACCCAAAUAAGCUUCUAUAUUUUGCUGAUGCUUAUCUUGAUUAUAUUGACUUUUGUGAUUACAAUGGAAACAACAGGCGACAGGUGGUUGCAAGUGAUCUGAUAUUGCAGCAUCCACAUGCUCUAACUGUCUUUGAAGAUUUUGUGUACUGGACUGAUCGCUAUACUAAUCGAGUAAUUCGGGCCAACAAAUGGCAUGGAGGAAACCAGACAGUUAUGAUUUAUAACAUUCACCAGCCUUUGGGGCUUGUGGCAGUCCAUCCUGUAAGGCAACCUAGUGAUAUAAAUUCUUGUGCAUCAUCACCCUGUAGCCACCUCUGCUUGCUUUCUUCAUCUGGACCACUUUUCUUUUCCUGUGCUUGUCCUUCAGGAUGGAUGCUUUCUCCUGAUAACAGAAAUUGCAUUAGAGUUGAACACCCUUUCCUUAUUGCUGUAAGAGAUAAUAUAAUUUAUGGAAUUUCUCUGAACCCUGAGGAGAAGACAAAUGAUGCUAUGGUUCCAAUAGCAGGAGUUCAGAAUGGUGUUGAUGUUGACUUUGAUGACUCUGAACAGAUGAUUUAUUGGGUUGAAAAUCCGGGUGAAAUUCACAGAGUGAGGUCAGAUGGAACCAACAGGACAGUUUUUGCUCCAGCAGCUGUUAUUGGUGCUCCUAUUGGUCUGGCAUUGGACUGGAUAUCUGCAAACCUGUAUUACAGUAACCCAGGGACACAGUCAAUUGAGGUUCUGAAGCUGCGUGGUGAUGUAAUGUACAGAAGAACACUGAUUACUAAUGAUGGCACCUCUGUGGGAGCUGGCACACCAAUUGGUUUGACAGUUGAUCCAGCAAGAGGGAAGCUGUAUUGGACAGACCAGGGAACUGACAGUGGAGUCCCAGCAAAGAUUGCCAGUGCAAAUAUGGAUGGAUCAGGCAUACAGACCCUCUUCACUGGCAACCUCGACCAUGUAGAGUUCAUUACUAUUGACAUUAAGGAACAGAAGUUGUACUGGGCUGUCACAAGCACAGGAGUGAUUGAGAAAGGCAAUGUGGAUGGCACAAAUCGUGUGACUCUGGUGGCUCAUCUUUCUCAUCCAUGGGGAAUUGCUGUGUAUGAUACCUUUCUGUACUAUACUGAUCGAGAUUAUGAAGUUAUUGAACGAGUUGACAAGUCCACUGGAGCAAACAAAGUAGUAUUGAGGGAUAACGUCCCGAGACUGAAAUGUCUGCGUGUGUAUUACAGAGACAAUUCUGCUGGUUCUGCAAAUGGCUGCAGUAAUAAUAUUGGAGUUUGCCAACAGCUUUGCCUCCCUUUACCUGGUGGAUUAUUCUCCUGUGCCUGUGCUACCGGCUUUCAGCUGAAUCCUGAUAACAGAACCUGUUCCCCAUACAGUUCAUUUGUAGUUGUUUCUAUGCUUUCUGCAAUCAAAGGAUUUAGUUUAGAAACAACUGAUCACUCUGAAGCCAUGGUACCAUUGGCUGGAAGAGGGCGAAAUGCGCUUCAUGUGGACGUUCACAUGCCUUCUGGUUUCAUUUACUGGUGUGACUUCAGUAGCACAGUCUCUUCUCAGAAUGCAAUACGUAAAAUUAAACCUGAUGGUUCUUAUUUUAGAAAUGUUGUUACAAAUGGAAUAGGAAGAAACGGGAUCCGCGGCAUUGCAAUUGACUGGGUAGCAGGAAAUCUUUAUUUUACAAAUGCAUUCCUGACAGAGACUUUUAUAGAAGUUUUGCGUUUAAACACAACUUACCGCCGUGUUCUGCUUAAAACUACCACAGAUAUGCCAAGGCACAUAGUAGUUGACCCAAAAAACAGAUAUCUGUUCUGGGCAGAUUAUGGGCAAAAUCCGAAGAUAGAACGUGCAUUUCUUGACUGCACCAACAGAACAGUUCUUGUGUCUGAGGGUAUUGUUACACCUCGUGGGUUGGCCGUUGAUCACAGCAAUGGCUACAUUUACUGGGUGGAUGAUUCCUUAGACAUGAUUGCAAGAAUUCAGCCUGAUGGUGGUGAUAUUGAAAUUGUGCGUUAUGGCAGUCGCUAUCCAACUCCUUAUGGUAUCACUGUCUUUGGAAAUUCUAUGAUCUGGGUGGAUCGGAACCUGAAAAAAAUCUUCCAAGCCAGCAAGGAGCCAGGCAAUACUGAUCAGCCAACUGUAAUACGAGACAACAUUAAUUGGCUAAGAGAUGUUACCAUUUACAACAGUAAUUUCCAGUUGCGCUCACCCCUUGACGUCAACAACAAUCCUUGUUUGGACAAUAAUGGAGGCUGUUUUCAUCUGUGUUUUGCCCUGCCUGACUUGCAGACACCCAAGUGUGGCUGUGCUUUUGGAACACUAGGCAGUGAUGGCAAGAGAUGUUCCAUUUCAACUGAUGAUUACCUGAUUUUUGCUCUUGAGAAUGCACUCAGAAGUAUCCACCUAGAUCCUGAAAAUCACAGUCCUCCCUUCCGCACGGUCAAUGUGUUAAGAACUGCAGUGGCUCUGGAUUUUGACAGCAUAAACAACCGAAUCUAUUUUACACAAAGUUAUCCUUCAAGGACAGGAAGGAUCAGUUAUGUUAGUAUUUCCUCAGGAAUUGGCUCUCCAACUGUAGUUGCAUCUGACCUGGGGACUCCAGAUGGCAUAGCCUUUGACUGGAUCAACAACAGAGUUUACUACAGUGACUAUCUCAAUCAGACCAUCACCUCAAUGGCUGUGGAUGGAUCUAACCGCACAGUGAUUGCCCGGGUUCCACGACCAAGAGCCAUUGUUUUAGAUCCCUGCAGAGGGUAUAUGUACUGGACUGACUGGAGUUCAAAUGCGAAGAUAGAACGAGCUACACUUGGAGGAAACUUCAGAACAGCUAUUGUGAGCACUAAUUUGGUAUGGCCAAAUGGGCUUACUCUGGACUAUGAAGAGCAGCAGCUAUAUUGGGCUGAUGCAAAUCUGCAGAAGAUUGAGCGAUGUACCCUCACUGGUACAAAUCGUGAGGUAAUUGUUAGCACUGCUCUUCAUCCAUUCGCAAUGACACUGUUUGAUCAGCACAUAUAUUGGACAGACUGGAACACACGAAGCAUUUACCGAGCUAAUAAGUAUGACGGUUCAGAUCAGAUAGUAAUGAUCAUGAAUCUUCCACAAAGACCGAUGGAUAUUCAUGUUUGGGCAAAAAGUAAGCAGCAGCGUUGUACCAACCCUUGCAACCAGUUCAAUGGUGGCUGCAGUCACAUCUGCGCACCAGGUCCAGCUGGUGCAGAAUGUCAGUGCCCCUCUGAAGGUCGCUGGUAUUUAGCCAAUAAUAACAAGCACUGUAUUGUGGAUAAUGGUACCAGGUGUGAUACUGGUUUCUUCACUUGCCUUAAUGGGCAAUGUAUCUCUGAGCGAUGGAAAUGCGACAAUGACAAUGACUGUGGUGACGGCAGUGAUGAGUUGGAAAGUGUGUGUGCUUUCCAUACUUGUCAGCCAACAGCUUUUACCUGUGGUAAUGGGCGAUGUGUGCCCUACCAUUACCGCUGUGAUCACUACAAUGACUGUGGAGACAACAGCGAUGAGGCUGGCUGCUUAUUCCGAACUUGUGACUCCCACACAGAAUUUACUUGCAAUAAUGGCAGAUGUAUCUCUCUUCAGUAUGUCUGCAAUGGAGUAAACAACUGUUACGAUAAUGGCACAUCAGAUGAGAGAAAUUGCCCGGACCGCACGUGUCAGUCUGGUUUUACAAAAUGUCAAAGCACAAAUAUUUGCAUUCCUCGAACAUAUCUGUGUGAUGGUGAUAAUGACUGUGGAGAUAUGAGUGAUGAGAGCCCUACUCACUGUGUCUCACUGACUUGCACAAAUAAUGAAUUUCGUUGUACAUCGGGACGUUGUAUUCCUGCUCAUUGGUACUGUGAUCAAGGAAUAGACUGUGCAGAUGGCUCUGAUGAACCUGCUUCUUGUGUGCCCCAAAUGCGGACUUGUUCACGUGACCAGUUCACGUGUGAUGAUGGCAGAUGUAUCCCAGCAACAUGGAUCUGUGAUGGUGAUAAUGACUGUGGUGAUAUGAGUGAUGAGGAUCAAAGACAUAAUUGUGCAAACCGCAAUUGCACUGCAGCAGAGUUCACGUGUGUCAACAAUCGACCCCCACUCAGGAGGUGCAUUCCUCGGGCAUGGAUCUGUGAUGGUGAUGCUGACUGCGCUGAUGCAUUUGAUGAACACCAGAACUGCACACGAAGAUCUUGCACAGAAAAUGAAUUUAGUUGUAGUAAUGGCCUGUGUAUCCGAAGCACGUACAGAUGUGACAGGCGGAAUGACUGUGGUGACAGCAGUGAUGAAAGGGGAUGCAUCUAUGAACCAUGUCAACAUCAUCAGUUUACUUGUCAAAAUGGGCGCUGCAUUUCCAAGGCCUACAUCUGUGAUGGGGAUAAUGACUGUGGUGAUGAAUCUGAUGAGCUGGAACAUCUCUGUAGUACACCAGAAGCGACCUGUGCUCCCCAUCAUUUUAAAUGUGACAAUGGAAACUGCAUCGAAAUGGUUAAAGUCUGCAAUCGGUUGGAUGAUUGUUUAGAUAAUAGUGAUGAAAAAGGAUGUGGUAUAAAUGAAUGCAGUGACCCUUCAAUCAGUGGAUGUGAUCAUGACUGUACAGACACACAUACAAGUUUCUACUGUUCUUGUCACCCUGGAUACAAACUUAUGUCUGAUAAACGAACUUGUGAUGAUAUUGAUGAGUGCAAUGAAACUCCAUCAGUAUGUAGCCAGAUUUGUGAGAACACAGCUGGCUCCUACAUCUGUAAGUGUGCCCCAGGCUAUAUCCGGGAGCCUGAUGGAAAAAGUUGCCGGCAAAAUAGUAAUAUCUCCCCAUACCUUAUUUUUAGCAACCGUUACUAUCUGAGAAAUCUCACAGCAGAUGGCCAGUCUUACUCUCUCAUUUUGCAAGGACUGAGAAAUGUGGUGGCACUGGACUUUGACAGGGUGGAAAAGAGGUUGUACUGGAUUGAUGUGGGGAGAAGGGUCAUUGAACGAAUGUUCCUAAAUGGAACAAAUAAGGAGGCAGUGAUAAGUGAUGAUGUGCCCAACGGGGAAGGUAUCGCUGUUGACUGGGUUGGCAGAAAAUUGUACUGGGUGGAUGCCUACAAAGAUUGUCUCUAUGUCUCUGAACUUGAUGGAAGAUUCCGUAAAAAACUGGUGGAUCGGUGUGUGGAUGCCAAUAACACUUUCUGCUUUCAGUACCCCAGAGCAAUUGUUGUUCAUCCAAAAUAUGGACAGGUUUACUGGACAGACUGGGCAGAUCGAGCCUAUAUUGGACGAGCAGGCAUGGAUGGCAAGGAGAAGAUGGUGAUUAUCUCAACAAAGUUAGAGUGGCCCAAUGGACUUACCAUAGAUUACACCAAUGACAAGCUCUACUGGGCAGACGCCCAUCUAAAUUACAUUGAGUUCUCUGACCUGGAUGGACAUCAUCGUCACACAGUAUAUGAUGGGACUUUGCCUCAUCCAUUUGCAAUUACAGUUUUUGAAGACACUAUAUAUUGGACUGACUGGAACACAAGAACAGUUGAAAAGGGAAAUAAAUAUGAUGGGUCUGACAGGACUGUUCUUGUGAACACCACUCACAGGCCAUUUGACAUUCAUGUCUACCAUCCAUACAGACAGCCAUUUGUUAAUAACCCUUGUGGCACCAAUAAUGGUGGUUGUUCCCAUCUUUGUCUGAUAAAAGCUGGUGGUCAAGAUUAUUCCUGUGAAUGUCCUGAUAACUUCAUGAUAGUGCAGUUUGGCAAUACAGCUCACUGUCUUCCAAUGUGCUCUAGCACUCAGUUUCUCUGUGCAGACACUGAGAGGUGUAUUCCUAUCUGGUGGAAAUGUGAUGGACAGAGAGACUGUCGAGAUGGCUCUGAUGAGCCCCCUACCUGUCCACACCGAUACUGUCCUGUUGGUCAGUUCCAGUGUAAUGAUGGGAACUGCACAAGUCCCCAUUUCUUGUGCAAUACCCAGCCAGAUUGCCAUGACAGAUCAGAUGAAGACCCUGUACUUUGUGCUAAUCAUCAGUGUGAAACUCAUCAGUGGCAGUGUGCCAAUAAACGAUGCAUCCCAGAAGCCUGGCAGUGUGAUAGAGAGGAUGACUGCGGUGACAACUCUGAUGAAGACAGCACUCACUGUGCCAGUAGAACCUGUCCCCCAGGCCAAUUUAAAUGUGACAAUGGCCGCUGCAUCCCGCAGUCUUGGAAGUGUGAUGUGGAUGACGAUUGUGGUGAUAACUCUGAUGAGCCAUUCCAUGAAUGCAUGGGCCCUGCCUAUCGGUGUGACAAUCACACACAAUUCAGUUGUAGAACUAACUACCGAUGCAUACCGUUGUGGGCAGUGUGCAAUGGGAAUGAUGACUGCAGAGACAACACUGAUGAACAAGGCUGUGGUAUGUCACUUCAACAUAACUUUGUACGGCAAAUUGUCUAUACUGCAGAGGAGAUGACUUGCAGUCCUGUUGGGGAUUUCCGCUGUGACAAUCAUAGAUGUAUCCCACUGCGCUGGAAGUGUGAUGGAGAUAAUGACUGUGGGGAUAACUCUGACGAACGCAGCUGCAGUCCUCGUGAGUGCACAGAAAGUGAAUACCGCUGUGACAAUUUGCGCUGCAUACCUUCCCGGUGGAUCUGUGAUCACGAUGAUGACUGUGAAGACAAUUCAGAUGAACGUGACUGUGAGCUGAGGACCUGCCACCCAGGUUACUUCCAGUGUAAUAGUGGACACUGUGUUGCAGAGCGCUUCAGAUGUGAUGGAAAUGCAGACUGCCUUGAUUUCUCUGAUGAAGCAACUUGUCCAACACGGUAUCCAAAUGGUACAUACUGUCCACCCAUGCUGUUUGAAUGUAAAAACCAUGUCUGUAUCCAGCCAUACUGGAAAUGCGAUGGUGAUAAUGACUGUGGAGAUGACUCUGAUGAAGAACUUCACCUUUGCUUGGAUAUUGCUUGUGAAUCCCCAUUCCGUUUCCGAUGUGAAAACAAUCGCUGCAUAUAUAGUCACGAGCUGUGCAACCAGGAGGAUGACUGUGGAGAUGGAAGUGAUGAGAAAGAGGAACACUGUAGAGAACCGACCCAUAGACCUUGUACAACUGAAGAAUUCAAGUGCAGUAAUGGAAAUUGCAUUCCCUUGCAUUAUGUCUGUGACAAUUAUGAUGACUGUGGGGACCAUUUUGAUGAAAUGGGCUGCAAUCCUGGAACAGAGCGAACUUGUGCAGAAAAUAUCUGUGAACAUAACUGUACCAACCUGAAUGAAGGAGGCUUUAUCUGUUCCUGUAGGCCAGGGUACAAGGCCAGUGAAACUAACCGAAACUCUUGUGAUGAUAUCAAUGAGUGUGAGAUCUUUGGAACAUGCACCCAGAACUGCAAGAAUUCCAAAGGAAGCUAUGAAUGUUUCUGUGCAGAUGGCUUCAGGUCUGUGGGUGAUCAACAAGGGAAACAGUGUGCAGCUAACGGUAAUCCUCCAUUGUUACUGCUGCCAGAUAAUGUGCGGAUUCGAAGAUACAAUAUCUCAUCAGAACAGUACUCUGACUAUAUUGAUAACCAGGAACGCAUCCAAGCUCUGGAUUAUGACUGGGAUCCUGAAGGGAUAGGCCUGAGUAUUGUGUACUUCAGCAUUCUGGGACAGGGUUCUGAGUUUGGAGCCAUCAAACGUGCUUAUCUGCCCACAUUUGACAGCAGUAGGAACAAUCCUACAAAGGAAGUUGACUUGAAUCUCAAAUACAUAGUUAAUCCUGAUGGGUUAGCCGUUGACUGGGUUGGAAGACAUCUUUACUGGACUGAUUCAGGGACUAAUCGCAUAGAGGUGGCGAAAUUAGAUGGACGGUACAGAAAAUGGCUUAUCUUUUCUCUACUGGAUCAACCAGCAGCUAUUGCUGUCAAUCCAAAACAGGGGCUCAUGUAUUGGACUGACUGGGGAAGGCAGCCAAAGAUUGAAUGUGCCUGGAUGGAUGGACAACAAAGACAAACUCUGGUCUCUGAAGACCUUGGCUGGCCAACAGGUCUUUCUAUUGAUUAUUUGAACAAUGAUAGGAUCUACUGGAGUGAUUCUAAAGAAAAUAUUAUUGAAUCCAUGAGACCUGAUGGGACAGACAGAACCAUAGUAUUACAUGGAGAAGUAGGCAGUCCAUACAGCCUUGACGUCUUUGAAGGCCACUUAUAUUGGAUAGCUAAAGAACGAGGAGAAGUCUGGAAGAAAGAUAAAUUCGGAACUGGAGAAAAAGUGAAAGUGCUGACUGUAAAUCCAUGGCUUACUCAAGUGCGCAUCUAUCACCAGCACAGAUACAAUCAGUCGGUGCCUAGUCCCUGUAAAGAUGUUUGCAGCCACCUGUGCUUGUUGAGACCAGGAGGGUACACCUGCAGUUGUCCUCAAGGGACUCGAUUCAUAGAAGGCAGCAGCACAGAGUGUGAUGCAGCUAUUGAAUCCCCUCCUACAAUGCCACCAGCAUGCAGGUGCAUGUAUGGAGGAACAUGCUAUAUAGAUGAAAGUGGUCUUCCAAAAUGCAAGUGUUCUUAUGGCUACACUGGGAAUUAUUGUGAAAUAGGAUUGUCCAAGGGAGUGCCUCCUGGAACAACAGCAGUAGCAGUAUUGCUGACAGUCAUACUAAUCUUAAUAAUUGGAGUGUUAGCAGUUGGAGGCUUCUUUAACUACAGACGAACAGGCUCCCUUUUACCAGCGCUUCCCAAACUACCAAGUUUAAGCAGUCUUGUAAAAUCUACUGAAAAUGGCAAUGGAGUAACUUUCAGAUCUGGAGCAGAUGUGAGCAUGGACAUAGGAGUCUCUGGCUUUGGAGGAGACUCUGCUAUAGACAGAGCGAUGCAAAUGAAUGAAAACUUUGCAGUGGAGUCAGGGAAACAGCCGAUCACAUUUGAAAAUCCAAUGUAUGCAACCAGAGAUGGUGGAGCCAGCACAGCCAGUGCAGUUACAGUUGUUCAACCAACUCAAGUAGCAGUAACUAGUGGUAAGGAAAAUGAAAAUUUUGAAAAUCCUGUGUAUGCCUCUGUGAUUUCUACUACUCCAAAAGAACCCUCUCAGAGUACAGCUGCACCUCAGGAAUCAAAGUGGAAUUUCUUCAAGAGAAAAAUGAAGCAAAACACUAAUUUUGAAAACCCAAUAUAUGCAGAGAUGGAGAAGGAACAACAACAGGACACAGAAAACGUCCCUACUCCUUCUCCGCCUCCCAAGAUUACACUGAAGAGAGACCAACCAUUAUCUUACACAGCAACGGAAGACACAUUUAAAGACACCGCCAAUCUUGUUAAAGAGGACUCUGUGGUAUAA